UAUCUUUAUUUCUAAUCCGAACCACUCGUUGGGUAACAUUUUACACACAGAAUCCGUUUAUUUAAUUCUUGACAUUGGUUCGCAUCUAGGUACAUACACGUGAUUCAUUUAUAAAUUUAUAUCUAUGUUCUCGCGUUCGAUUGUGAUGAAAAGUGAUUCAUCCAAUGUGUCUUUUCAAGUGCCCUAAAGUGCGCGUAAAAUAACACAAAUAGUCACAUGGUGCAAGUGCAGCUUUAAAAACACAUCAACAUCACAAGAUCACAUCGUUAACCACUCCACUGAACGUGAUAAUCCACUGAAAUAUAUUCGCAAUAGGUACUCAAAAACCCACACAAUGAUCGAGUCAGAUCCGCUUUGUGGCACCGGCGUUUACACAUUUCAACGCGAUUUCGAAGAGAUCUACGGUUAUCUAAGCUUAACAAUCUGUUUACUCGGGUCAGUGGGCAAUUUGUUAAACGUCUGGGUGUUCACUCGAAAAAACAUGCUCUCUUCCAUGAACGUUUUACUCAUCGGAUUAACAGCAGCUGAUUUGGUCGUAUUGCUGGUCAAUAUACCUUACACACUGCACCAGUACCUCAGACCAGAGACGUUCCCUUAUCGAGAUCUGUACACGUACGGGUGGACGUUGUUCUCACUUUGUUGUAUAAAUCUGCAGAGAGUUUUCCAUGGUAUAUCAACCUGGCAUACGAUUAUGCUGGCUAUCUGGAGGUAUAUCGCUGUGGCGUAUCCGUUGAAGGAGCGGAUCUGGUGCAGUAUGAAGAACACUUAUUGGGCUAUAGCUGCGGGAUAUUUGGUUUAUCCCUUUCUUCAUAUACCGCUUUAUUUGACCUUUGCUGUAACACCCGUUGUUGAGCUGCUCGAUGAAGAUGGAUUUGAAACGGAUGACUGUAGUGCUGGGUGCAGGAAUACGACUGUUUAUAAGAUCAGAUUGAGUUAUGUUGCGGAGAAAGGGUUCCUGAAAGGGGUUAAUUUCUUGAUGUAUAGCAUAUUGUUCAGACUUACGCCGUCUGUUGUUUUGACUGCGUUCAGUCUUCGACUAAUCUGGGCUCUCGUCGAAUCAAGAAAACGACGCCAAAACCUAAUUUCCGCUUCAACUCAAGAAUACGCCAGAAACAUGGAAAAAGAAAAGCAGAUGAACAGAACGACCAGAAUGCUAUUGGCAGUACUGAUUCUAUUCCUGAUAACGGAAGUUCCAGCCGGAAUAUUCGGUUUCUUCAGCAUGAUUUAUGGUAAAAAAUUUUACAAAGAUUGCUAUCUGCAAUUGGUGGAGAUUUUUGAUAUACUGACGUUGAUUUAUUCGUCCAUUACUUUCGCCAUCUACUAUAUCAUGAGUGGACAGUUUCGAACUACUUUUAAAUCUUUGGUGUGUUCACUCAAGUGUAUGGAAAUGGUGACUGGUAGAAAUGCCGAUUUAGAUGAGGAGACGACGACGACGACGACAACUACGACAACAGAAAUUAUUAAUUUACAAAGCAGUUAACUAUGUUUUAAAACACAAAAAACACUUCACAUUGCUCAGAAUUCCGAAUGACCAAAAGAAUAAAUAAAUAAAUAAAUAAAUAAAUUCGGGCACAAUCAAAAUAAUACGAGUAGGUAUAACGAACAAACUCUGAAAAAUACACUGGCAAAAAAACAACUAUAAUCUAAACCCUCCUAUGUACAUAUAAUAUACUCAGUCAUAACUCAUAACGUCUCAAACUCAUUAACAAGUACGAUUUUCAUUCAACUGCUGAACAACAGAUUCAAUUAAAUUGCCAUCUAAUUAUAAUUCUUAAACCAAUUACAAUUAUUCAAAUUUUUACAUGUUUA